CACAGCCUGUCGCGUGACACAAACAGAGUUGCGUUCAGAGUUUGAGCUGGAGAGAAGAGGAGUAGAUGAGUGUGGACAGAUCCCCCACUUCACUUUUCUUUUCUUUUCUUUCUUCAGCGGCGGAGACGAUUAAAAACGAAACGGAGACAAAGUAACAAACCUGACAGAAGGAGGACUGGAAGAGAGUGAGUGAGUGAGUGAGUGAGUGAGUGAGUGUGUGAGUGAGAGAGAGAGAGAUAGAGAUGGUGCACAAACACACACACUCCUGAUCCACUCAGCAGGUCAGCAGAUUCCUGGCAAAGAAAAACAGGUUCGUCCUGGUCAUGCAGACAUCAAGGACAUUCUGCCAUGGAAGGCAUUGAGUCGGCCAUUUUAGCGAUGAAGAACAUGAAGUCAGUGGAGGUGAGUGAAGCUUCCUCCCCUUGCAGAAGCCACGCCUCCCCCAGGGUGGAUCCAGAGGAGGAGAGUUUUGAGAAGGUGCUGUCAGAGCUGAGUGCUGCUGCAAAUUUGGAUAUGGAGGCAGAGCUGGGUGUGGAGGUGGGGUUUGAGCAGAGGCCAGGCUGGGGGCAGAGUUGUGAUGAACGAGAUGCAGCAGAUGAGGUGGAACCUGAGAACAGCAAGGGCAGCACGACUGAGUUCCAAAAUCCUUCUCCAUCUACAGUGUCGAUGUUGAAAUCUGGAUCUUGUGUCAAUGUGUCUCACACUCCGUUAUCAGAGCAGCUCCUUUUGGGUCGUGAUGAAGUGAAGGUUGUUAAUGUGGAGUGUCGGAUCUGUGGAGAUCAAGCGUCAGGAUUUCAUUAUGGAGUGCACGCCUGUGAAGGGUGUAAGGGUUUUUUCCGCCGCACGGUGAGGAUGAAGCUCGAAUAUGAGAAAUGUGAACGCAGCUGCAAGAUCCUCAAGAAGAAUCGCAACAAGUGUCAGUACUGCCGUUUCCAGAAGUGUGUGAUGCUCGGUAUGAGUCACGACGCGAUUCGGUACGGCCGUAUGCCUGAGGUGGAGAAGAGGAAGUUGGUGGAGGGGAUGUUAUCAGAACGUCGGACAGCGAGCAGCUCCAACCUGAAGUCUCUGGCUAAGAAAGUGAACAAUGCGUAUCUGAAACACCUGAACAUGACCAAGAGGAAAUCACACAGCAUCCUGACAGGAAGAACCACCUCCAACCCUUUUGUGAUCUAUGACCUGGGUUCUCUGUGGCGUGCGGAGAGCGGGCUUGUGUGGGACAGCGGUGUUCUGCGUGGACGAGUGCAGAAGGAGAUCGGAGUACACGUCUUCUAUCGCUGUCAGUGCAGCACCGUGGAGACUGUACGCCAAAUCACCGAGUUCUCCAAGUGCAUCCCAGGAUUCAUCGACCUGUACCUCAAUGACCAGGUGACGCUGCUGAAAUACGGUGUUCACGAAGCCAUCUUCGCCAUGCUGCCGUCUCUGAUGAAUAAGGAUGGGUUGUUAGUAGCAAAUGGGCGGGGCUUUGUUACUCGUGAAUUCCUGCGCAGUCUCAGGAAGCCAUUCAGCGAAAUCAUGGAGCCGAAGUUUGAGUUUGCUCUGAAGUUCAACGCGCUGGAGCUGGACGACAGUGACCUCGCGCUGUUCGUUGCUGCCAUCAUCCUGUGUGGAGAUCGUCCCGGGCUGAUGAACGUGAGGCAGGUGGAGGAGAUUCAGGAUAAGAUCCUGCAGGCGUUAGAUCAGCACCUGCAGCACACACACCCUGACACUGCGUACAUUUUCCCCAAACUGCUGCAGAAACUCGCAGACCUGCGACAGCUCGUCACCGAGAACGCUCAACUCGUCCAGAUGAUCAAAAAAACAGAGUCCGAGACCUCACUGCACCCUCUACUGCAAGAAAUCUACAAAGACAUGUACUGAAAACACACACACACACACACACCUGUACUGAACCACAGUGUCAUAAAAGAAUCACAGACGAAUCGGUUCUUUCAGAAUGACUCAUUUAAAAGAAUGAAGAAAUUCAUUUGGAUUUGGAAGCAUUAUUAAAUCUAUAGAGUUUGUAUUUAUUUUUAUUUGUUUUUUGUGCUUUUAUUAAAGUUAGAAACUAUUUAACAAUGUACCAUAUUCAGAGGAUUUUCAAAGGUUUAAGUGAUGAAUCAGAUGAAUCAAACCACUAUGAUGUCACAACCUCCAUGAACGUUCAUCAGGCAGAAAACUAAAUUAAAUAAAAGCAUUGAAUUAGUUUGUUCUGGUUUAGUUUUUGUGCUGUUACGAUGUCGGUGUUAAUGAGUAAAACGUCACAGUGAAUUAAAUGUAAACACAAAUGAGUGAAUUGUAUUCAGAUCGUUUGUUUUGGUUCUUUGAGGUGUGUGAUGUCACACUCGGUCUCUGAGCACAAAUCACUCACAUGAUUCAGUUUUAUUUCAUUUAUAUUUUACAUUUAAUGCCAGAAUCAUAGAGAAAUGAACCGAUUGAAUGUUGUGCUAGUAGUGAUUAAAUUAAAUUUAAAUUAAAUUAAACAAUUAAAUUAAGUGGGUUAUUUAAAAAUGAAUCUAAUCAGUAAAGUGAGUUGUAAAAUUAAUCUCACACGUGCAUAUAUAUAUCUCUAUAUAUAUAUAUAUAUAUAUAUAUAUCCAUGCAUACAUCUACAUACACUUACGGCUAAAUGCUGAAGUUAAAACCAGAAAUGUAUUGAAUCUUUUUAUUCUGAAUAUUUUUAUGUACAACAUUUUGAAAUAUUUUUAUGGACAGUGCUCCACUCUUUAAUGAUAACUAUGCACAUUUGAAAGUGAUAGCUCAGUUAGCUUAGUAUAUUUCAUAAUAUUAGCAUAGAUAAGCAUGAGUUGUCUGCUCUGCUGUGUGGAUUAGCAAUUAUCGCUGUAUUAAACACACCGCUGCUCUUCCCUAAGAAGCUAAUCUGAGUGUUCUUCUCAGAAACCAAUCCGGUAAUAAUUCCCAUAAUUCAAUUCACCAGAUGAACGUGUGAACAGAACUGUUUUCUGUAGGACUUCAACUUAAUGGAUGUAUUUCACAACCUGCUAACCUCAAUACUGUUGUUUUAUUCAUAUUAACUGUGUGUGUGUGUGCGCAUGCGUGUGUGUGCAUGUGUGAUAAAGCUGUGACACUUAAGUUACAUUUGACCAAUUACAAAAUGUAGCUAACUAGCUUAGUUUGUAUUAAUGCCUCCCUGGCAGUGGCUAUAGUUCAUUAGCAUGGUAGCUAACAGUUACAGUGUGGAAUUUAGUGUUUUCUGAAGAGGUGGGGCUUCAGUGUUCAUUUGAAGACAGACUUAAGCCCCGCCUCCAACAACCGAAUCAGGAAGUGCAUCACAGGGUCCUAUAGUAAGAUUAAUGAUCUAAUUACGGAGAGUUUAUUGUUUUAUUGGUUUCGGUUACAGUGUGGUGGAAGAGCUUCCUAGUCGUGGCUGCAUCCCAAAUCUCAUUAAAUCUGUUCUGUGGGAAAAUCCGCUGCGUGUUGCUAUUACUGAAAAUGGAAACUCGAUUACCAAACCGCUGUGGAGCUGUGUUUAUUUACUGUUUGGCUAGGCUAACAUCAUUAGCAUUAGCAUUGAGCACAUGAUAUAUCUUGCUUUAGUGGUAGUAGUGUAGUGACUGUUCAUAACUUAGCUCAGUUAUUUAAUAGCCGGCUAGCAAUAUACAUUCACCUCGAAAGUAUUGGAACUGCAAGGCCAGUUUGUUUGUUUUUGCUGUAGACUGAAGACAUUUGGGUUUGAGAUCAAAAGAUCAAUAAGAGAAGAGAUUUUAGAAUUUUAGCUUACAGCUCUCUGAUCUUCAUGUUGGUUUAUCCUUUUUAAAAGUAAAUGCAGUCUUCACAGGUGAAACCGAAGGCUAAAACCAAGAGUAGAUGUUCAGAGCUAUUUACUGUUUGAACAGUCAAUCUAAGCAGACACACCUGGGAACAAGAAAGCACAAACAAAUGAAUUGGCCUUGCUGUUCCAAUAGUUUUGAAGGGGACCGUAACCAUAUGGAUUUACUGGCAUGUUAAUUAGCUAGCAUGCUUACUUGCUAUCUCCGCUCCUUUAGUAUCAUGUACAGGAAGUGAUGUUAACUAAGGAUCCUGUUCAGAGUCAGAGACUUCAGUCCAAAGUCACUGUUUACACGAGGAAGGUUCCUGGUAUUCAGACUCGGUUCUGCAGCAAAUUGAUUUUCUGAGCUCCACAUUCAGAUUAUUAACAUCUCCUGCAUGUAGUUCACACCUGUGAGGUUGUCCGAUUUUGCUCGAGUUUUACGCCAGCGUCUAGACCACCGCCAUUAAACCCAAACACUCACCUUUACACCUGAAAAAACCCAGGGACAGAAAAUACGGACUAAAGAAGGAAAUGGGGUGGAUGAGAGGAUGAUGUGUGAGUGAGAGGAUGAUGUGUGAGUGAGAGGAUGAUGAGAGGAUGAUGUGUGAGUGAGAGGAUGAUGAGAGGAUGAUGUGUGAGUGAGAGGAUGAUGAGAGGAUGAUGUGUGAGUGAGAGGAUGAUGAGAGGAUGAUGUGUGAGUGAGAGGAUCAUGUGUGAGUGAGAGGAUGAUGAAAUAAAGAGAUGUAUAUUACUGUUUGAAUAGAGCUCGCUGUAAUGAUCACAUUAAUCACUGGUUUAACGGAACAGAACGCUUGCACACAUUAUAAAGCAGCACACAGAAUAGCACUUGAUCCAGCGCACACUGGUAUCUUACUUUUUAUUAUUAUUUUAUUUUGUAAAGUCAUGAGAAGUCACCGAACGGCGAUCAUGACAUCAUAACGUGGGUGUGAUUUUUGUUGGGGGGGGUUAGGAGAUUUUAUCACUUGAUCGGCUUUAUUUGGAUUAAUUCAGUGUUUGUGUUAAUUCAGUGCGCGCUCCUGUAAAGAAAACGUGGUGUGAAGGAUAAUCUGACCUAACACUAUGCUUACGGAAUUGUGCAUAAUUAAGAUACGCCUCUGUUUUACACAAACUCCGCCCCACAUGUGUAAUUCUUAUGUAACUUCUGAAGUGUUUAAGUUUGUAGUUAGUUCUGAGGUCUGAGCACUGAUGUAUGUGACUUCAGUAUUAAAUCCUCGCUGAGAUAUUACCUCUAUUCUGAAUACGACACUUGAUCCCGUGCUGUAAAUAUUACACCAGUAUGAAAGGGAUCAUGGACGAGGGCGUGUUAAAGACAGGAUUGGAACACAGAGUUUGUGAACUUCUUUAUGUUUUGAGCUUUCUCUUCCUGUUUCUGACCUCAACUGUGUUUCUGAUUAUCAGUGGUGUGUGUGUGUGUAUGAGAUGUUAAACACACUUUUUGCAAAUGUAUUGUUUCUUAUGUGUGCAAAACACUGACAAUUUACAAUAAAUAAUAAUAACACAAUACAAUAAAUAAACAAUAUUAUCUUCA